AUGAACAUCGAUACACCGGAGCUGCUCCUCAGAGAGAAAAAAGCUCAGAAACCCCGAGAAAACUUAGAAACGAUUGAACUUACAGAGGGAUCCGAGAUGUGUGUAAAGCUGGGGGUAGAUUGGCCAAACGAGCACCGGGAGGCUAUCAUAGCUCGGAUAAAACAGUAUGUGGAGGAGUUUACCAACAAACCAGAGGAUAUUGGGGGGGUAGACCCGAAGAUUAUUUCGCACAAGUUAAAUGUGGAUGCUAAGUGCAAGCCUGUCAAGCAAAAGAAAAGAACUUUCUCUCUAGAGAAACAGAUUGCUAUCCGAGAUGAAGUGGAGAAGCUCUGGAAAGCCGGGUUCAUCAGGAAAGUAGACUACCCUGAAUGGCUGGCUAAUGUAGUCUUGAUCAAGAAGUCUAACGGUAAAUGGAGGCUUUGUAUAGAUUUCACUGAUCUAAACAAUGCCUGCCCAAAAGACAGUUUCCCCCUGCCGAACAUCGAUCAACUGGUAGACGCAACGUGUGGGUUUGCGGUUUAUGCUUUCUUAGACGCCUCCCAGGGAUACCACCAGAUCCCGAUGAGUAAAGAUGACGAAGAAAAGACAGCUUUCACAACGGAUCUGGGGACUUAUUGCUACAAGAAGAUGCCUUUUGUCGUGAAAUCCAAGGGGAUCGAGGAUCACGCAGAGGAUUUGGCAGAAACUUUUGAAAAGCUGAAGGGUUUUAACCUCAAGCUGAACCCAGAAAAGUGUGUUUUUGCAGUCCGCUCUGGGAAAUUUCUAGGGCACCUCAUCUCGGAGAAAGGCAUCGAGGCCAACCCGGAGAAAAUCGAGGCAGUAAUAAACAUGAAAGCCCCGAGCUCGUGGACAGAGGAGUGUAAUACAGCUUUUGAAGAGCUGAAGGUUUACCUUAGCACACCCCCGGUGCUAGGUAGACCUGAGCCAGGGGAAAUCUUAUAUUUGUAUCUCUCGGUGAAUGACGAGACAGCGGCGGCAGUCCUGGUAAAGGAAGAGAAGGUGGCGGCGGAAAAGCUAAGGAGAUAUUUCGAGGCUCACAUUAUUGUAGUACGAACGAACCAACCUCUGAGAAAGGCGUUGCAGAGGCCUGAAAUGUCGGGACGGCUGGUCAGUUGGUCGGUCCAGCUGGGAGGAUAUGACAUCCGGUAUGAACCAAGACCGGCCCUAAAAGCACAAGUGUUGGCAUAUUUCAUAGCCGAGACCACAGCAAGUGACCAACCUGAGGAACCUGAUGAACAACUUCGACGGUGGGUCUUAGAAGUCGAUGGGGCAUCAAAUCUGGAAGGAUCUGGGGCAGGCGUAGUCUUGAAAGGUCCUCACGGAGUUACACUCCGAAGCUCGGUUAAAUUCGAUUUCCCGGCAUCCAAUAAUGCCGCGGAGUAUGAGGCUCUGUUGAUCGGAUUAAGAAUGGAGCUCGGAGGAAAAUGGGUGAUAGAGCAAGUUCCUCGUUUGGAAAAUCAAGAGGCCGAUGUACUAGCUAAAGCAGCAACAGUAAACGAAAAGAUACCGGGGGUCCAUUUCUCUGUUCAAAAGCAUUCCAGCAUCGACAACCACGAAACCAUUUUUCUAACUCAGCCUUCGGAAAAUUGGAUGCAAGGCAUAGCCCACUACCUGAUGGACGGAACUCUGCCAGAAAACAGAGACAAAGCAUACAAAAUCUUGCGACAAGCUCCGUACUACGCGUUCCUCGAUGGAGUCUUAUACAGGAAGUCAUUCACCCACCCGUGGUCGAGAUGCCUGACAGCAGAGGAAGGGGAGUAUGUUCUGAGAGAAAUACACGAAGGGAUUUGUGGGGCACACAUAGCUCCUCGCAUGUUGGCAAAGAAAGCAGUGUUGCAGGGCUACUACUGGCCCCUAAUGGUCAGGCAAGCAGAGGAGAUAGUAAAGAAAUGUGAAAACUGUCAGAGGCAUCAGAACAUCCGACAUGCUCCCACCACAGAGCAGUGUCCUAUUACCAGUCCUUGGCCAUUUGCAACUUGGGGAAUUGACAUCCUGGGUCCUUUCACACCAACCACGGGGCAGAAAAAGUUCUUGAUAGUGGCAGUAGAUCACUUCACAAAGUGGAUCGAGGUAGAGGCAUUCAACUGCCGGGCAUUCAAGGAAUUUUGCAACGACUUGCACAUUGACCUGCGUUUCACUUCGGUAGUUCACCCGCAAAGCAAUGGGAUGACCGAAGUAACAAACCGGACGAUCCUAAAAGGGCUUAAGGCCAGGCUAGGGGAGUUCGACAGACAGUGGCUGGAAGAGCUACCGAAGGUCAUAUGGGCCUACCGAACCACCCCGAGGGCAGGCACAGGAGACACCCCGUUUUCUUUGACAUACGGGUGUGAGGCAAUGAUACCUGUGGAAAUCGGGAUACCAACUCUAAGGGUUCAGUUCUUCGAUGAGGCUAAGAACGAGGAAGAACAGAAGUUAUGUCUAGACCUGCUGGAAGAACGAAGAGAGCAGGCAGCGCUGAGAAUUGAAGCAUACAAGCAAAGAACAUUGCUAAGGGAAACGCUGGAGUGGGAAAGCUCGAACCUAAUUGGGAAGGCGCCUAUCGAGUCACUGAGGUCGGACGAGCAGGAGCUUACAAGAUAG